CAUCAAUUUAUAACCUUGACCUCCACGGUGUGUUGAUAUUUGUUUCAGUACUUCCUGAUAUUUGCUCAUUUUGACAGAUUUACACAUUCAUUAUGGGUAACCGAGCUUCUAUGCAGCUUCAAGAAGAAGAAAUUCAUGACAUACAAAAUGAAACAGGAUUUUCCCACAAUCAGAUAGUGCGGCUUUACAGUAGAUUCACCAGUCUUGAUAAGAAUAAUAAUGGCUUCUUAAGCCGUGAAGAUUUUCUAAGAAUUCCAGAACUUGCCAUUAAUCCUUUGGGAGACAGAAUUGUUCAUUCCUUCUUUCUUGAAAGCAAUGAUGAGACAGUGAAUUUUAAACAGUUCAUGAGAGUUCUUGCCAGGUUCAGACCAACCAAAACUAAUGUGAACAAAAAUAAGCUCAACACUAGGGAAGAAAAAUUGAAAUUUGCAUUCCAGAUGUAUGAUCUAGAUGGGGAUGACAGAAUAUCACGGGAUGAGUUGUUAGCUGUCCUACACAUGAUGGUUGGUGAUAAUAUAUCAGAAGAACAGUUGAAUAGCAUUGCAGACAGAACUAUCACAGAAGCAGACGAAGAUGGGGAUUUAAUGAUCUCUUUCCUUGAGUUUAAAAAGGUCAUGGAUCGUGUAGAUGUUGAACAGAAAAUGAGUAUACGAUUCCUGAACUAACUGUGUAAACAUUGUCAAUAUGUAGCAGACAGGGAGUAUUGUGUAUCCACAGAUGCUGGCAGUGAACAGUUGCAGGGAAGUGACAAUAUGUGUAGAAAUUUCCAUUCAAACAUGAUGAAGAACUAAUGUUUUUGUUUAGUAUUUUCUGCUUUUUGCUUUAUCUUUAAAUUUAUAUUUCUGUUAUAUUAUAAAAUACAUGAAUAGUACUACAUGUCACUCAACUGCUUGCAGUUCAUGAGUUUAACAUUCAUAUACAAUUAUUUUUAAAAAUUGUUCACUUUUGAAAUUAGGACAGCUUGGUUAUUCUAAAUCAUAGUAAGGUUUUUUUAUAAAUAUAAAUAGUUCAAAGAUGUAAUCCAUUAAAUAUAAGUACUUUGUUAAUAAAAAAACUACACAAGGACAUAUCCAUGCAGCACUGUUAUAUUUCUAUACACUGUCUAAGUGUUGUAAUAACAUGAACAAUAUUGCAAAUAUUCCUGAUACUAUCUGUUACCUUGUUUUCAUUUCUGGACAGGUUUUGCAUUUUAAUUUUUAUAUUUUUCUUGCAUUGUAAACAGCUAAAUUGUUUUUAUAUUUUGGUUGUGAAAGUGAUGUAAUGUUAGUAAUAGAGUAUGCCAGACUUUUUAUCAGGAAAACAUUUUGUAAAAAUUCUAAGUGCGUGACAUUUUUUUAAAGAAAUCUUGAUAACGUUUCCUAUAUUGAAGCUAUUGCUCUAUUUUGAUAUUAUUUGAAAGUUUUUCAUUUGUUUCCAUAUACAUUAUUUGCCCCUCAGUUAAGUUAUCAAGAUUGUUGACUUUGUUUUUAUAUUGUAUUAAAAUAAAAAAUCUAUUUUUCUAUUUUUAUGUAUGAAGGAAACUGCUAGGAGUACCCUAGCUACUAACUGGUGUGGAAUAUACCAAAAUCUAAACUAACAAACAUUCUAGUAAUUCUGAACAUAUUUGGGGUUUUGUACAUAACUAGCAUAUCUACCAGUUAUGAUAUUUUUGUUAUUGUUUGCAUGCUUUCCAAAAUUUUGAUUUUUUUUUUGUAUACAAGUAUAUAUUUAUUGCAAUAUUUUUUUUGUAUGUGAAUGUAUUGAAAUGUACCGUAUAUAAGUAAAAUAUUUAAUAUAUAUUAUUUGUUUGUAAAAGUGUCUGUAACAUAAAUUAGCUAUAUUUUCUUACUUGAAGCUCUUGCAAUUUAUUAUUCAUAUUUAGCAUGUGUUGUUGAAUGUAUGAAUUAUUUUUAAUUGUAAUUAAAUACAAGAGUCGCAGUAAAAAGUCCCUCAUUGGUAAACUAUUUUCAUAUGUAUUUUAAAAUCUAAUAUUAUAGUGUAUUUAUAAAAUAAUGGUAUAAGUAGCUUAUAAAGAAUUUUGAUGGCCCACGAUCCAAGAAAGGGCAUUUCAGUAUUAAUUGCGUGUUGAGUGUCAUACAAGCCCAGCAACUGUUCACUGAUUUUAGGUAACUAAUAAGGUAUUUCAAAAUACUUUCAAGAUCUCCUUCUUUAUUGUAUCCUUACAUGAACUUUGAAUUCAUGGUAUGGUAAAAUUCAAAGAAGAAUAAAAAUUAACGUGUACAUUUAUUGUUUAUAUUUUGACGAAUUUUGGUAACCCGAUUAAAUAUUUACUUAUGAUAGCAUUGGACUUCUGACUGAAUUGCACAGAUUAUUUAUCAUUCUUGAGGCUAUAUACAAUUCAAUUUAUACAUUUUAUAUUUAUAAUUUACAUAAACUUAUUAUAUAGAAUAUUUUAAUGUUUUAUCACAAUGAAAAAAAAAAUCCAUGACUUUGUGGUUUCAUUGAACGUAAUCUUCUAUUUUGUUCAGUCCCUAAGUAUGUUUUUGAAAUCCAGGUUUGAUGUUGGUGUUGUUUAAACAAAUGAAUUUUUAAAUAUACAUGGAUUAUAAUAGAAAUGAAAUUAUUGUGUGUUUAUUGAUUGAAUUUCAGAAAUAUCAAUAAUAAUUAGGAAAUAGAUAUCAAUUUUGAGUGCAUUGUAGAAUAAUGCAUGGUUUGAGUUUAAAUGCUUUGGAAUGUAAUUACAAAGGUCGAUAGGUCACGGUGAUUAAUUUCAAAGAGUUGGAAUGAUAAACUGCAUUAUUUUACAAUAAUGAAAGAAAAUUAAAUAUCUAUGUCUAUUCUAAUAUGCUAACAAAAAAAAUGGAAUUGAUAAAAAAAUGUUGAACUACAUUCAGCAUAGAAGUAAUUUUCCUAAUGUCAUUUGUUUUAUUGACGUCAUAUCUGACAUCGUAUGAUGUGUGAGCAUUCCUUUUUAUGCUGUGCAUAUACAGUGUAAUAAUUUCAAAAUCAAACAGAAGUAUAAUGUAUGUUUUUUGUUUUACUUAUCACAAUUAUGAAGAAGGAAGACUGUUUUUGUGUAUACUUUAACAAUAAUAUUUCAGCUUAGCAUACAUGUGACAUAAUUACGUAAGGAUUCAAUUAUUGGAUUGUUCUUACAAUUACUAUGUAGGUCAGUAAUUGAGCAGCUUUGUUUUGUUUAAAAUUUUCUGAUUCUUGUUGUUUUGCUUGAAAAGCCAUUAAUAUUUUUUUUAAUAUUUCUAAAACUGCAUCCUACAAUUCUGUUAUAUGUAUUGAUAUUUUAAAGUUGUGUGAAGGUUCAUGAAAUUAAGGAUCUUGCCAACACUUUUUACAUUUCAAAUUUACAAGAUUAAAACCAUUUGCAUAUAAGGAAGGUUAUGGUUCUACCUUGUGUUGUUAGACAUAAAGGUAAAAAUCAAAAUGUAGUCAUACAAAAACUAUAUGUAUUGACUUGAUUAAAACCAAAUAAGUUAUACAUUAGCUGUUAAAGGGAACUAACCCACACAAUGGUCAAAACUGAGUAAUCUUCCUUGAUCUUCUUAAUCGCCAGACAAAUAGCGUUGAGGUUACUGCACAUGUCAACAAGUUAUAGAUCUGUAAAUUAAACCAUAUACUUUAUUACCAAGUUAUUUAAUUAAACAAGACUGUAGAAAGUAGCUUCAAAUAUUAGAUUAGAUACAUUAUUCCAGAUGGGGUUAUAAGUAAAGUAUUUAAUAAUGUGUACUCAGAAAAAAUAGAAUAGUUCUGUUGAAUUAUCAAAUUUAAUUUUUGGGGACAUAAAUAACAGCUUAAUAUCAUACUUUAUGAUUCAUUUAUAUUUGAUUAUUUUAAAUACAUGUAUAUUUUUUGUUGUUUGUUUAGUGCUUGUCUGAUUUUCUGUGUGCCAUUUUAUAUAAAAAUUAACAUAUGUUUGUCACAAAUGUUUUGAUUUUUGGAAAAAAUAAAAUCAGCUUUUUGGGUCUUUUUGAGUUUUUAUCAAAUUUGAUUUAACAUAAAUUCAUUAAUAUGAAAUUUUAUACUGGUAAGCAUUUGAAAUAAAUCCAAUUAGAAUAGUUUUUUUAAACAACUAUAAUUCUGUUUUCCCUCAGCAUUCAGACACAUGCCAUUAUUUUAAUCUUGGUAAAUUAUAUUUUUUCUGUGAUAGAGUAAAUGUUUCCUUUGUCAUAAAAAUGUUAUAUACAUGUAAUAAAAUAAAUGAAGUUUUAAAAAA